CCUAUUUUAUUUUUGAUGGAAAAGCACAAUAAAGCCAUGGAUGUGAAAAGGCAGAACCUCAGGACUUUCCAAGGAUCGAAACUAUCUGGGAAGGGGAAAGAUACAAAAACCAGGAGAACUUUUCAAAACCAAGGCCUGAAGGUGCUUCGGAACAAGCCCCGGCAGGUUUCAAACCAAAAGACCCACUCUGAAGAAGUGCUCCGCAUCCGCGAGCUGAAAAACCGGGGGUUGGAUGAAUUGCAGCAGCUGAGAGAGCUUAAAAAUGACAACAGACUGCUGAAGACUCUAGUCAGUCAAAACAAAGUGAUACUGCAGCAGUUCCCCAGUCCAGACAACCGUAUUUUUAAGACCCUCACCAAAUACGUAAACAAGCUCUACGGCCUGCAGACUUUGAGCCGUCAAACCCGUGCCUGCUCGAACAACACGACAGCCAAGCUAAACGCCGUAGAGGAUAAGUUGCUGAACGCAAACGACUCUCUUCAGCACCUGAAGCGCCUCAGCCAGGAUCACAACCUACUGAAAAAAGAGCCGCUUAUCUGCAUGAUGGCCCAGGUCUUGGCCAAGUUGGAGCAGAAGGACACGAGGAUARAGGAAUUGGAGAGGCAUAUUCAGUUGAGCCAAAUCUGGUUCAAUCACCAGUUAGCCAAAGGGAAAUGGAAGUUCAACAUAACGAUGAAAUGUACAUGCCCAAAGCCUCAAAACCUCACCCAGGACAUGCAGGAUGAAGCAAGUGAACUACAAACAGCCCAGAUAGCCAGCGAAAGCAAGGACAUUCAAACUGAUGGAUCCACUGAGGCUUCAAGUCCUGUACAGUCUGAUACUUAUGAGAUUGUGCAGCUGGAUGAGCAGCUGGAGGAGGACCAGGAAGAUGAGCAGCUGGAGGAGCAUCUGGAGGACCAGGAAGAUGAGCAGCUGGAGGAGCAGCUGGAUGAGCAGGAAGACGAGGAAAAGCAGGAGAGCCCUGUAAACCUGUAUUGUUGUGACCCAGUGCAGGAGUCUUUGGAUACUGAGACAGAGGAUUCUUCAAAUGUCCUGUCAGCAGAGAGUCAUGUUGAGGAUCCUGCUGUUGAAGAGGAGAGAUCAUUGUUACCAGUGGCAACCGAGGCACCGCUGGUGUUCCAGGAAAAGCAGAAACCACAGAAACAUGAGGAGUCUCUGAAAUUACUCACUCAAGCCAAACAAAACUAUACAUUCAAGCAAACUAUAAAUAACCUGCACAAAGGACUACCUGCCUACAGAUGUGAGUAUGUCAAGGACCCAAAGAAAUCUCCAGCCGUCAGGAAGUGGACUUGUAAACCUCAUCCAGAACAAACAUCAUCUGGGAAACCCACACAAGAUGGAGCAUGCAGUUCUCUGAACCUCGGACUGACAAAUAAACCAAAAGACAUUGACUAAACCUAACUCCCUAAAACAAACGGAUUGUCACGCACACAAGGCAAGGGAGAACCCAAAAGCACGCCAACAGACAGUCUUAGUGUGGGCAAUGUGGUUUAUUGACCGACAGGCAGAGAAAAGACAGGCAGAGGUCAAAACCAGGAUA